AUGGGAUGCGGGAAAACCCUCAUCAGUCUUGCGGUGAUAUUGGCUACGCAGGGGCAUUUCCCCAAAAUCCCGGUGGAGUAUCAAACCCUCCUGAACCCCAUCAGGAACUCGACUGGAAGCUUAAUGGAAAUGGCUGCUGCUGCUGCUGGUCGCUUUUCUCUACCCUGGAAGGGUUACUUUGACCGGAAGAAAGCCAGGGGAAAAUACCACAUCAAUUGUGAGAAUGCCUGUGUGGCUCAGAGUGGUUCCUACAAUAUACCGGCGAAAAGCGACUACCAAAGGGCUAAAUCAAAUUUCGCCGAGUCGGCCAAGCAUAUUCGUCUCUGCUCUGGUACACUCGUUAUUGUCCCGGAUAACUUGGUGGACCACUGGGAACGUGAAAUAGCUACUCACAUUAGCGAUCUGAAAUUCCUAGUUCUGAAAACCCAGGACGAAACGCCAUCAACGGACGAACUUCUGAAAUUUGACAUUGUGCUGUUCUCCAAAACCCGAUGUAGCAAAGAGAAUUCAAAAUACGAUAAAAGUGGACAGAGGCCGGAUGCCCCUAUGCUCAAUCUUCACUGGUUGCGAGUUAUCGUCGAUGAAGGGCACAACCUUGCCGGCAAACAAACGGGAAUGGUCAACUUGCUGAGGAAUCUGAAAAUUGAGCGCCGCUGGAUGAUUUCAGGAACCCCUCUCUCAGAAAUGUAUGGAGUGGAACUUAGCAUUGCUUCACGAGAAAUGGGCACAGACGAUACUCAAUCGUCUGACAGUCACGAAACUGCCAUCUUGCAAAAGAGCAAAAAGGCCGGCAGUUCCUUCAAUUAUGAAAUCAAAAAUUUGGAUAAAUUGGGCGACAUGGUUCAUGAUUUCUUCAAUCUCAAGCCUUGGGCUAACAAUACUAAAGAAUGGCCCCGUUAUACGAAAAUAGUGGGCGAAGAUGGAAUCAGUCGAAAAUCUCCAUCUCUACGUGCGACGCUCCAGAGCCUUGUGGUGCGACACCGGUAUGAAACGGUCAAAACAGAGAUCACUCUUCCACCGUUGUAUAAUAAGGUGGUCUACCUUGAGCCGACCUUCUACGACCGGCUGUAUAUCAACUUGUUCCUCUUUACACUCGCAGUCAACGCAAUUACAUCUGAACGAGAAGGUCCCGACUACAUGUUUGAUGAGAGUGACGAAAAAGACAAGAAAAUCAACAAAACUAAACUCACUGAGUUGAUACAAAACUUACGUCUGGCUGGGUUUUGGUGGGCUGGUGAUGACAAUGUCCAAAGUACUGUCGACAUUGCUUUGGAAUAUCUGGAGGAAAACCAAGAGAAGAUGACAGUGGCAGAUUUGAACCAAUUAAAGUCUGGGAUCCAGAUCGCACGAAAGGCAAUAAAUUCUCCAGGCUGGAAUGGAUUCAAAAAGAUGCAUGAGCUUGGAGUCUUUGUUCGGCGAUUCCCAGAACAUGCUCGCAACAUGUGGGCCCUUGAUCCCACAGAGGCCGGCCAGGAGCCCCUGCUCAUGGGCAUCACCCAGGCUCGUCACGCGCAGCAAUUUGUGAUGAACCAUCUCAUGACGCCUGAUCCCGCCGAAGGUCUCGCAGGAGAGGGUAUCAAAGUUCGUCGGGAGCUAGUUCAACAAAGCCAGACAGCUACAAAUGCUCACAACGGUUCCCCCGAGUCGGUGAAUGCUAACCGUCCAGUUAGCAAAUCGACAUCGAAAGGGAGCAGGAAACAUCAAACUUUUAAACAAAAGAUCUUUCGCAGUCUUCCAGAGACUUCACCCUUAGCCCAAACGAAGCUGGAAGGAGUAGCAUCCGCGAAGCUUCGGUACUUGUUGGAUCAAGUGCUGAAAUUCCAGAAGACCGAAAAAAUCAUCAUCUUCUAUGAACAUGACAACGUCGCUUCCUGGGUCGAGCAAGGCCUGGAGUUAAUAGCAGUCAAAUUCCGCACCUACGCCAGCACCGCGAGCAUGGGCUCCAAUUUCAAAACCAAGCAUCUCCGCGACUUCCGCGAAACCGACGAGGUCCGUGUUCUGCUGAUGAGCGUCAAGCAAGCCUCGCAUGGCCUCCACAUCCCCGAAGCCUCACGGAUGUACAUCGUCAAUCCAAUCUGGGAACGCAACGUGGAAAGCCAAGCCAUCAAACGAGCCCACAGAAUUGGGCAGAAAAGACCAGUCUUCGUCGAAACCCUCGUCCUAGGCAACACCCUCGAAUACCGCAUGCUCAACCGCAGCAAAAACAUGACCGCCGAGGAGACGACGCACGCAGGAGAUAACCCACUGAACGAUAGUACCAUGAGCGACAUCAUAAAGAACGAGCCCUUCCUGCCCAUGCCCGACGAGGCUUCGGCCGGCAUGGCUCCACUUACACAUCCACUUGGGCUAUUUGACCAACAUAAAUUGCCGAUUCCCGAUCACGAGGUGGUCCAUGCGCGCGGGCGGAAACCGGGCCUGCAAUCCCAGAAACAGCGGCGGAAUUUGGAGUCAGAUGCCGACACUGAUUCGACUAGAGCUACGGGGCCCCCGGCCAAGCGGUCACGGGUUGGCUUUGCGGGGCGAGAUCAGGUCAUGGGGGAGGGUGCUUUGGAUGCAGUUCCUGCGCCGCUGCAGACUGUGCCCGGGUUGAAUUCUUCUUCCGGAGCUGGGGGCCCUGUUUCUGGGCCUUCGCAGACUGGCUUGGCAGCGCAUGGGACGGUUACUGGAGACUUACCUAGAGACGGUAUAAUGACGCCAUCGUUGUUCGGGCCUUUCCAGUGA